AUGGCAGUGACGCGGCGGUUCCUAACAUCGCGGGGGGCAAAUACCAGUCCUAGCGGAAACCAUAACGGCAACUUAAGAACCAGUCCUAGCGGAAACCAUAACGGUGACUUAAGAACCAGUCCUAACGGAAACCAUAACGGCGACUUAAGAACCAGUCCUAGCGGAUACCAUAACGGCGACUUAAGAACCAGUCCAAGCGGAUACCAUUACGGUCACUUAAGAACCAGUCCUAGCGGAUACCAUAACGGUGACUUAAGAACCAGUCCUAGCGGAUACCAUAACGGCGACUUAAGAACCAGUCUUAGCGGAUACCAUAACGGCGACUUAAGAACCAGUCCUAGCGGAUACCAUAACGGCGACUUAAGAACCAGUCCUAGCGGAUACCAUAACGGCGACUUAAGAACCAGUCCUAGCGGAUACCAUAACGGCGACUUAAGAACCAGUCCUAGCGGAUACCAUAACGGCGACUUAAGAACCAGUCCUAGCGGAUACCAUAACGGCGACUUAAGAACCAGUCCUAGCGGAUACCAUAACGGCGACUUAAGAACCAGUCCUAGCGGAUACCAUAACGGCGACUUAAGAACCAGUCCUAGCGGAUACCAUAACGGCGACUUAAGAACCAGUCCUAGCGGAUACCAUAACGGCGACUUAAGAACCAGUCCUAGCGGAUACCAUAACGGCGACUUAAGAACCAGUCCUAGCGGAUACCAUAACGGCGACUUAAGAACCAGUCCUAGCGGAUACCAUAACGGCGACUUAAGAACCAGUCCUAGCGGAUACCAUAACGGCGACUUAAGAACCAGUCCUAGCGGAUACCAUAACGGCGACUUAAGAACCAGUCCUAGCGGAUACCAUAACGGCGACUUAAGAACCAGUCCUAGCGGAUACCAUAACGGCGACUUAAGAACCAGUCCUAGCGGAUACCAUAACGGCGACUUAAGAACCAGUCCUAGCGGAUACCAUAACGGCGACUUAAGAACCAGUCCUAGCGGAUACCAUAACGGCGACUUAAGAACCAGUCCUAGCGGAUACCAUAACGGCGACUUAAGAACCAGUCCUAGCGGAUACCAUAACGGCGACUUAAGAACCAGUCCUAGCGGAUACCAUAACGGCGACUUAAGAACCAGUCCUAGCGGAUACCAUAACGGCGACUUAAGAACCAGUCCUAGCGGAUACCAUAACGGCGACUUAAGAACCAGUCCUAGCGGAUACCAUAACGGCGACUUAAGAACCAGUCCUAGCGGAUACCAUAACGGCGACUUAAGAACCAGUCCUAGCGGAUACCAUAACGGCGACUUAAGAACCAGUCCUAGCGGAUACCAUAACGGCGACUUAAGAACCAGUCCUAGCGGAUACCAUAACGGCGACUUAAGAACCAGUCCUAGCGGAUACCAUAACGGCGACUUAAGAACCAGUCCUAGCGGAUACCAUAACGGUGACUUAAGAACCAGUCCUAGCGGAUACCAUAACGGUGACUUAAGAACCAUUCCUAACGGAUACCAUAACAGUGACUUAAGAACCAGUCCUAGCGGAUACCAUACAUUUUUAUGUAACGACGACUUAAGAACCAGUCCUAGCGGAUUCCAUAACGGCGACUUAAGAACCAGUCCAAGCGGAUACCAUUACGGUCACUUAAGAACCAGUCCUAGCGGAUACCAUAACGGUGACUUAAGAACCAGUCCUAGCGGAUACCAUAACGGCGACUUAAGAACCAGUCUUAGCGGAUACCAUAACGGCGACUUAAGAACCAGUCCUAGCGGAUACCAUAACGGCCAUUUAAGAACCAGUCCUAGCGGAUACCAUAACGGCGACUUAAGAAUAAGUCCUAACGGAUACCAUAACGGCGAAUUAAGAACCAGUCCUAACGGAAACCAUAACAGUGACUUAAGAACCAGGCCUAGCGGAUACCAUAACGGUGAUUUAAGAACCAGACCUAGCGGAUACCAUAACGGCGAAUUAAGACCCAGUCCUAGCGGAUACCAUAACGGUGAUUUAAGAACCAGUCCUAGCGGAUACCAUAACGGUGACAUAAGAACCAGUCCUAACGGAUACCAUAACAGUGACUUAAGAACCAGUCCUAGCGGAUACCACAACGGUGACUUAAGAACCAGUCCUAGCGGAAACCAUAACGUUGACUUAAGAACCAGUCCUAUCGGAUACCAUAACGGCGACUUAAGAACCAGUCAUAACGGAAACCAUAACGGUGAUUUAAGAACCAGUCCUAGCGGAUCCCAUAACGGUGACUUAAGAAGCAGUCCUAGCGGAAACAGUAACGACGGCUUAAGAACCAGUCCUAACGGAUACCAUAACAGUGACUUAAGAACCAGUCCUAGCGGAUACCACAACGGUGAUUUAAGAACCAGUCCUAGCGGAUACCAUAACGGUGACUUAAGAAGCAGUCCUAGCGGAAACCGUAACGACGGCUUAAGAACCAGUCCUAACGGAUACCAUAACCGCGACUUAAGAACCAGUCCUAGCGGAUAUCAUAACGGACUGUUAGUCCUCUCAGUCACUACACUAUAUGACGAAGUAGCAUUAUUAAGAUACAUAGACAAAAAGGAGGCGUUUCUUGCCAAAUGGACAAAUGCUGUUUUGGAAGAAGAAAUCUCCAUGAGUUUCGUCGAGGUGGAAGUUUACAAGCAAAUUUCGGGAGAAAUAUUGAAGGACUUGCUGACUAUUCACCAUUGCAUCUGUAGCUACAGGGUAAGAAUGGAAAAUCUGGAUAACGCGGCGACGUACGCAAUCACUAAAGCCGCGUUUGGAAAGAUGAAACGCCUUGUCAACGAUCUGAACAGAAGACUAGAAAACAUGAGAAGUGAGAAGUGUUAG